CCUCAUGGACACAAGAUGGGUGACGUCUGAGUUGGCAUGGACAGCUCAUCCAGAAAGUGGGUGGGAGGAGGUGAGUGGCUAUGAUGAGGCCAUGAACCCCAUCCGCACAUACCAGGUGUGUAAUGUGCAUGAGUCAAGCCAGAACAACUGGCUCCGCACGGGGUUCAUCUGGCGGCGAGACGUGCAGCGGGUCUACGUGGAGCUCAAAUUCACUGUGCGUGACUGCAAUAGCAUCCCCAACAUCCCUGGCUCCUGCAAGGAGACCUUCAACCUUUUCUACUACGAGGCUGACAGCGAUGUGGCCUCUGCCUCCUCCCCCUUCUGGAUGGAGAACCCCUACGUGAAAGUGGACACCAUUGCGCCUGAUGAGAGCUUCUCGCGGCUCGAUGCUGGUCGUGUCAACACCAAGGUGCGCAGCUUCGGGCCACUUUCCAAGGCUGGCUUCUACCUGGCCUUCCAGGACCAGGGCGCCUGCAUGUCACUCAUCUCUGUGCGUGCCUUCUACAAGAAGUGUGCAUCCACCACCGCAGGCUUCGCACUCUUCCCCGAGACCCUCACUGGGGCGGAGCCCACCUCGCUGGUCAUUGCUCCUGGCACCUGCAUCUCUAAUGCUGUGGAGGUGUCGGUGCCACUCAAGCUCUACUGCAAUGGCGACGGGGAGUGGAUGGUGCCUGUGGGUGCCUGCACCUGUGCCACCGGCCAUGAGCCAGCUGCCAAGGAGUCCCAGUGCCGCCCCUGUCCCCCUGGGAGCUACAAGGCGAAGCAGGGAGAGGGGCCUUGCCUCCCCUGCCCCCCCAACAGCCGCACCACCUCACCAGCUGCCAGCAUCUGCACCUGCCACAAUAACUUCUACCGCGCAGACUCGGACUCUGCAGACAGUGCCUGUACCACGGUGCCAUCUCCACCCCGGGGUGUGAUCUCCAAUGUGAAUGAGACCUCACUGAUCCUCGAGUGGAGUGAGCCCCGGGACCUGGGUGGCCGCGAUGACCUCCUGUACAAUGUCAUCUGCAAGAAAUGCCGUGGGGGCCCUGGGGCUGGGGGGCCCUCGACCUGUUCACGCUGUGAUGACAACGUGGAGUUCGUGCCUCGGCAGCUGGGCCUGACAGAACGCCGGGUCUACAUCAGCCAUCUGCUGGCCCACACACGCUACACCUUCGAGGUGCAGGCAGUCAACGGUGUCUCGGGCAAGAGCCCUCUGCCGCCCCGCUACGCUGCUGUGAAUAUCACCACCAACCAGGCUGCCCCAUCCGAAGUGCCUACACUACACCUGCACAGCAGCUCAGGAAGCAGCCUGACCCUGUCCUGGGCGCCCCCGGAGCGGCCCAACGGAGUCAUCCUGGACUACGAGAUGAAGUACUUUGAGAAGAGUGAGGGCAUCGCCUCCACAGUGACCAGCCAGAAGAACUCCGUGCAGCUGGACGGGCUGCGGCCCGACGCCCGCUACGUGGUCCAGGUCCGUGCCCGCACAGUAGCUGGCUACGGGCAGUACAGCCGCCCAGCCGAGUUUGAGACCACAAGUGAGAGAGGCUCCGGGGCCCAGCAGCUCCAGGAGCAGCUUCCCCUCAUUGUGGGCUCUGCUACAGCUGGGCUUGUCUUCCUGGCGGCCGUCGUGGUCAUCGCUAUUGUGUGCCUCAGGAAGCAGCGGCACGGCUCUGAUUCAGAGUACACGGAGAAGCUGCAGCAAUACAUUGCUCCUGGAAUGAAGGUGUAUAUUGACCCUUUUACCUACGAGGACCCUAACGAGGCUGUUCGGGAGUUUGCCAAGGAGAUUGACGUGUCCUGUGUCAAGAUCGAGGAGGUGAUUGGAGCUGGGGAGUUUGGGGAAGUGUGCCGUGGUCGGCUUAAACAGCCCGGCCGCCGCGAGGUGUUUGUGGCCAUCAAGACACUGAAGGUGGGCUACACUGAGAGGCAGCGGCGGGACUUCCUGAGUGAGGCCUCUAUCAUGGGUCAGUUUGAUCACCCCAACAUAAUCCGGCUGGAGGGUGUGGUCACCAAAAGUCGGCCGGUUAUGAUCCUCACUGAGUUCAUGGAGAACUGCGCCCUGGACUCCUUCCUACGGCUCAACGAUGGGCAGUUCACGGUCAUCCAGCUGGUGGGCAUGUUGCGGGGCAUUGCUGCCGGCAUGAAGUACCUGUCUGAGAUGAACUACGUGCACCGUGACCUGGCUGCCCGCAACAUCCUUGUCAACAGCAACCUGGUGUGCAAAGUCUCAGACUUUGGCCUCUCCCGCUUCCUGGAGGAUGACCCCUCCGAUCCUACCUACACCAGCUCCCUGGGCGGAAAGAUCCCCAUUCGCUGGACUGCCCCGGAGGCCAUAGCCUAUCGGAAAUUCACUUCUGCUAGUGAUGUCUGGAGCUACGGAAUUGUCAUGUGGGAGGUCAUGAGCUAUGGAGAGCGACCCUACUGGGACAUGAGCAACCAGGAUGUCAUCAAUGCCGUGGAGCAGGAUUACCGGCUGCCCCCACCCAUGGACUGCCCCACGGCAUUGCACCAGCUCAUGCUGGACUGCUGGGUGCGGGACCGGAACCUCAGGCCCAAGUUCUCCCAGAUUGUCAAUACCCUGGACAAGCUCAUCCGCAAUGCUGCCAGCCUCAAGGUCAUCGCCAGUGCCCAGUCUGGCAUGUCACAGCCCCUCCUGGACCGAACGGUCCCAGAUUAUACAACCUUCACGACUGUUGGUGAUUGGCUGGAUGCCAUCAAGAUGGGGCGGUACAAGGAGAGCUUUGUCAGUGCAGGGUUUGCAUCCUUUGACCUGGUGGCCCAGAUGACCGCAGAAGACCUGCUCCGGAUCGGGGUCACCUUAGCUGGUCACCAGAAGAAGAUCCUCAGCAGUAUCCAGGACAUGCGGCUGCAAAUGAACCAGACGCUGCCCGUGCAGGAAGUGUGCCCCAAACCUCUUCAUAUUGAAGAUGGAUUAGGAGAGGGGGUGAUGACCCCUCCCCAGACCCCUUGGGGCUCAGGCCUUCCUGCUUUCCAGUGGGAGAUCCCCACAACCCAGACUUGUUUAUUCUUCAGUGCUGGAGGUCCUGGCAGGGUCAGAUGGGGAGUAAGCCUGGGUUCCACAGGGCCCAGCCCUGGCAGGGGUCUGGCCCCCCCAGGUAGGCAGAGCUGUCCCUCCCUCAGGAACUGGAGGAGGGGACUCUGGGAAUGGGGAAAUGUGACGCCCCCGAUCCUGAAGCCAGCUGACACCUCCGGUUUGCACAGGGACUUGAUCUAGGGGCUGAGGGCCCUGCCCCCACCCCCGCCCUUGGUGCUGUCAUAAAAGGGCAGGCAGGGGCAGGCUGAGGAGCAGCCCCCGCGCCCCCAGAGACUGACUCUCAGAGCCAGAGAUGGGAUGUGUGUGAGUGUAUGUGUGUGUGUGUGCACGUGCAAGCACUGGCCUGCACAGAGAGCAUGGGUGAGUGUGUAAAAAGCUUGGCCCUGUGCCCUGCAGUGGGGCCAGCUGGGCCAACAGCAGAAUAAAGGCAAUAAGAUGA